UGAAAGAACCCUCUCACACAUACACCUGCAACACCAGGGUGGGUCUGGAACAGAGGAAUAGGGAUUAACUUAACAUUGGUCUGUCACAUCACGUCUUUCCUGUCUGUUGGAAGGUUGGAAGAUGGCUGUGAAUAAGUGUAUCAAGUACUUGCUCUUCCUCUUCAAUCUACUGUUCUGGAUCAGUGGCUGCGUCAUUCUUGGUGUCUCCAUCUACCUCAAAGUGAGCAAGAAUGGGAACGUGAUAAUGGAUGAGGCAGUGCCGUUUGUAGACCUGCUGAUAGCUGUUGGCGUCAUCAUCAUGGUACUGGGCUUCCUGGGCUGCUGUGGAGCCAUUAAGGAAAACCGAUGCAUGCUAAUUCUGUUCUUCCUCGGGCUGCUCCUCAUCUUCAUCCUCCUGUUGAUCGCCGGAAUCCUGGGAGCUGUCGGAGAGAAGAAGUCUCAGGUGUGGGUGAAGGAGACUCUGGCGAAGCUGCUACCACUGAAGGACCAGAAGCCUGAAGUUCAAACGGACUUGCAGAAACUGGAAGUGGAGGCAAAGUGCUGUGGACUGAUCAACGGACCCUCUGACUGGGGCUCCACUGUCCCCAGCUCUUGUAACUGUGUUGACACCUCUCAGACGUGCCAAAGUGCAGAUGGACGCCAAGUGUACUCAACGCCUUGUGUCAAGUUUGUGACUUCCUUCAUGGAGAAGAACGCAAUCAUCGCGCUGGGGAUUGCAUUUGGUAUCGCAGUCUUGAUGCUCUUUGGAAUGGCCUUCGCCAUGACCCUGUACUGCCAGAUUGGGAAGAGGGACGCCAACACUGUCUAAUGCAGCAACACGUGAUACACUUGAUCUGGGGUUGUGGUCAAGUUGAAUGGGAAGUCAUCAAUUCAGGAAGUCAAAUGAAAGUCCAAUACAAUAAAUGAAGAAGAAAAAAUUCAAUGAUUUCUCAAACUGAAAAGCAGAAGUUAUUUAUUCCAAGUUUUUACAUUAGCAAUGUUAAAUACAAUUCACUUCCUCAAUUGACUGACUUCAAUUCAAAUUGACCCCAAUCAUGACUUGAUCAAAAGCUGGCUUUGACAUAACCCAUACAGCAUGCUUGCAACAUGUACUUGAUACUGAACAUUGGGGUUCAAAUCUAGUCCAUUCAGAAAGUACACUGAAAUUCCAGUUCUCCUCAAUCAGGAACAUUUGGAAUUAGGUUUGCUUUGUGAAUUGACUGGAAAUGGACUGGACCCCCAACCUGCUGAACUAUGGACCACAAUGCAUCAUGUGUUUCUCCAUCAUUUACCUGCAUCAAAUGAUGCUCUGAUUUAGAUUUCAGAUCUUUGUUAAAUUAUGGCAGUUUCUUCACUUGUGAAGUUGAUUGAUCCAUAUGUCAUUGAACAUGAAUUAGUGUAUUUUUUUUUCUUUAAUUAAAGGAGCUCUGUUUCAUUGUC